AUGUGGGACCCACCACCCACCCCACCCUCUUCAUCUUCCCCAAUCUUCAUCACCUCCUCCUUUCACCACCACCACCUCACCCCGCCGGAAAAACACAAACCUUCUCGGAACCUCACCAUACCCCCCGACACGUCAUCACCGCCGGCGUCAACAUGGACCAGUCAACCACCUACUUCCCCCACUCACCCAUCCUCAGACAACAACUCCACCACCACCACUUCUGUACAGAAUGACGUUACACCAACACCAAAACCUAACCCAAAACCACCGCCUCGUCCUCCCAAAAUGACACCGUUUCCGGUCAGAGACGACUGCUGGUCAGAAGACACAACAUUCACGUUAAUCGAGAACCACUGGCAAGAAGUUGUUGACGCCGUUAAUAACCGGAGAGGAGUUGACGGGGAUAGAGUGAAACAGUUACCCGAGGAUGACAGUGAGGCGAGCGGCGAUGCGUAUUACGAGUUGGCGGGGGCGAUAGGAAGGUUUGCUGAUGUGUAUAAGAGAGUUGAAGAAACGAAACAAAAGGAGAUGGUCGAACUAGAGAAGCAAAGGAUGGAGUUUACUAAGGAUAUGGAUAUUGGAAAGAUGAAGUUAUUGAUGGAGUCGCAGGUGCAGCUGCGAAAAUUGAUGCGGUCCAAGAAGAAUUCAGAUACAGGUAUGAUUAACUAG